UGCCGAAAAAGCUCUGCUGCAAAAGCACACAGGCGAUAUGCGCCUCACACUAACAGCGUGCAUAUGUUUUGUGUAGAAUCUGGAGUCAUUUUGAGUCAUUAUGGACUGUAGGUUCGCUACAUUAUAGGCGUUCUGAUGAAUGACAAUUUGAUACCGACAGUAGGCUUGUGAGUGGUGUCUUGAAUCUCGGAUUUUCCAUUUCUAUGCUGGGGGGCUCGAACGUACAGCUGUGACGUUUCACCGCGAGAUGAUCAGUGCAUGUAUGGAUGUAGCGCGGUUUAUGUCCGAGUGGGUCGGCCUCGAAUGUAUUCAGUAAUUACAGGCGUCAUUGGAAGUUAUGCUUCUACCGGGCAAAAUAUAUUUUUAUUUUUAGAUUUCACGUUUCGCAGUAACCUAUUUUUCUUUCCUUCAUCCGGAGCGAGUGGCUGCAUUGGGAUUGGAAAGGCGUGACGCGCCUGUACCGCAUCUCCAGGAUGGCAGGUCCUCCUGGUUGCCAGAAGGCAUACAGUGACGAUACUCCUAUAGAGAUGAGACGACACCGAACGUGUGUAUGAUGUGACUCCUCGCGCCAUGGAGAGUCUGAUCCUUGCAUGUGUUGGUUCGAGGAUGUGCCGCCCUCGGAGCCUGCACACUAAUUGUGCACUCCUGCUGGUAGCGGCCUUGCUAGUGUUCAUGACCACUUUAACCUCACCUGUUGCAGAAGCGGCGGACUCAAACGUAACAAAAGCAGCGCAGUCUUCGGGCCGGUCGCCCUCAUCUGCCCGUUCUGGGUGGCCUGGUGCCAGCCCGCCCAAAGACACUGGUCACCCCAGCAAUAUGGACGCCGCCUCGGCGGAUGACGAGGCUCAGGGCAUCCACCUUCUCCUGAGACCGCCGGACCUGCUGUCCCCCAGCCACCCGCCCCCCCUGCCCCCCCACAGCCAGCCCACCCUAACCCCUCCACCGCCCUGGGAGCACGCCCCGUCCCUAGAGGAGGCCUGGGGGUCGGGGGACUACCUCGAAACGCUCUCUUUCAUGGGGCCUGAGGGGGAGGACCUGGCCCUGGCCACACCCUUACCCAGCCACAGCUACGACCUUGAAGAUGAGGCCUCCUACGACACCUCCUUUCCCUCCCGGCCGACCCUUGCCCUCUCCUCCCGCAUCCUCCUCCCCUCAACGGACCCAACCUCUCCCUUCCGGGAGGGCCUACCUCACACCUACCCUGCCCAGCCUGAGGGAUACCCUACCUGGGAGGAGGAAGACUACGACCUGGGGGAAAUGUUGCCUCUGGAGCCCACGGAGCUGCUGCUGCCAGAUAUGAACAGUCUGGAGUACUACACCAACCUGCUGGCCAGAGAGAGGGAACAGGAAAGAGAGCGUUACAGAGAGAGAGAACGAGAGAGGGAGAGAGAGAGGGAGAGAUAUGGAGAUAGAGAGAGGGAUCGAGAAAUUGUCAUCCCUCCCCCAAAGACCACGCCUAAACUUGCCAUCGCACCCACCACCACAACAAAAGCGCACACCCCCACAAAAACACACCCGCCAUCCCCCUCCCCUAGCACGAGGCCCCCUCCAGUCUGGGACCACAAGCGCCCCCCUGUGCCCUCAUUGGGGCCCACCCCUCCCCUGGCCCUGUCGCCUACACUGUGGGGUGGUCAGGGUACCCCCAUCCCUGAUGUUAGACCCACCUCCAGAACGCCACCUCAGCCCCCUCUCCCGCGACCCAGAGUCCCUCCUUCUACUGCCGGCGACAGGCGCGCACCUCUCCCACCAUCCAACACCACCAGCUUGGCUCGCCCCCCCAUGCUGCGACCUCCAGGGUGGGACCCAGUGAAACCACCCCCGCCCGCCGGUACCAGGGCCCCUGGCAACCAUCCAGUGACCACCGCCAAGGCAACCCCUGUUACCACGACAACGGUUGGCACCCCAUCUAGCGCCACCCGUGCCCCAUCCGGACCCCAGGCUCCCCUGGGACGGCAGUACCUGUGCAACGUCACCAAGCCUGAUAUGUACCUAGUCAGAGUGGUCAUGCCUAAGUCUGGCUCCGCUGUGGGCUUUGGCCAAGUCAGGGACAUCCUGAAGAGGGAGUUCAAUCGCUCAGUGGAGCUACAGUUCCUGAGAACUCCGUCUAGCUUUGCGUUCCGUGCUGUGGCAGGACCUCUGAUCUUCACCGCCGCGUCUGUCAUCAACGCUCUGCGCCAAUCAACGCAAAGCUCCUCCUCCAUCAGUGUCUCACCCCUCUAUGCCGCGCCUGAUCCCAAGUACCAAAUACACUCUGUGUUGCAGUUCGUGCCGAGUCACGUGGACAUACGUGUGUGUAACUUCAGUGAGCGAGUAGAGAAAGGGCUCCUGAUGGCCUAUUCAGAGACACGCCGACGCGCACGUGAAGCUGGCAAUGUCACCGUGCAGCUCCUGAACAUUACCAUGGGCCAGGCCAAGCCCCAGGGUGACCUGAAGGUCCCGGUGGACAUAACGUUUGCGGUGCGUGACGGGCGGGGCUACCUGUUGGGUUCAGAGGUCAGCGGUCACCUGAGACAGCUCAGCAUGGUGGAGUUCAGCUUCUACCUGGGCUUCCCCGCAUUGCAGAUCGCAGAACCCUUCCACUACCCUGAGUUGAAUGUGUCUCACCACCUACGCUCUUCCUGGGUCCGCACAGUGCUACUGGGCGUCCAGGAGCAGACUGUGACCGAGCGGAGCUUUAAGGCUCGUCUGGAGCGUCGUCUGGCUCUGCUGCUGGAGGAAGGGCUUGGGGAAGAGACCAGACGGACCCGCUGGAAAAGGGCCACCGCCGUGGGCAACAACAGUUUACAGGUGGUGCGUGUGUCCAGGCUGGCGGGGUCUGGCCGUCCUCUGGAGGUGGUCUAUUUCGUGGAGGGAGCCGGGGGUGAGCGAGUCCCUGCCGAUACCACCGCUGCCACCCUCAACCGCCUGGAGCUGCAGCGGGCUGCCAUCGUACUGGGACACCGCGUCCAGAGACCCCUCGCCCAACCUGUGGAGACCCUGUCGGUCCCUCCCUCGGAAACCCAGAGCAACAGCGUGUGGCUGAUCGUCGGGGUGGUGGUGCCCGUCCUCUUGGCUAUCUUCAUCAUCAUCAUCCUCUACUGGAAACUAUGCGGCUCGGAGAAACUGGAGUUCCAGCCUGACGCCAUCAACACCAUCCAGCAGAGACAGAAGCUGCAGGCUCCCAGUGUGAAGGGCUUUGACUUUGCCAAGCUGCACCUAGGCCAGCACAGUAAGGAUGACAUCCUGGUUAUCCAGGAGCCCGGGGCUCUCCCCGUGCCCGUUAAAGAGCCUAGCCCCUCUGAAGGAGGUGACCUCAACACCCCCAAGUCCAAGGGCUCCUCCACCAAGACUGGCCGUGCUAACCGCCGCAGGGCGAGACUGUCCCCGUCAGAUGGUGACUCUUUGGGCAGCGACCAGUCGAGCGGCAGGGAGUCGGCGGAGGAGAGCGCCAGACCUGUUGCCACACCCAUCGAGGGGAAACAACACCGAAACAAAACGCCUAAGAAUGGGAGGAGCAAGAUGGUGGCUCCCUCCGGAAGCGGUCCAGAUGAGCUGCUCUCAUCCUCCUCUAUAUUCGACCAUGUGGACCGUCUGUCUCGAGGCUCGUCUGACGGCAGGGGUCGCCAGACCAACAAGGUCCAGCUGAUCGCCAUGCAGCCCCGGCCCAGCCCCCCUCAACACCCCCACUCACACAGCCCCACCCUCACAGAACGAGUCAGCACAGAGGUGGCUCUGAGACAUAAGUCAGAAAUCGAGCACCACCGGAACAAGCUUCGCCAGCGGGCGAAGAGGCGUGGGCAGUGCGAGUUCCCCUCCAUGGAUGACAUCCUGGACGCCUUCGGCCACGCCCACGACGAGGGGCUGGAAGUGGGGUGUCCGCAGCGCCUCUACAGCUCCGCCCACGACCACAUGGACAGCAUUCUGCAACCCGACCACCCCUCGCCCCCCACCCCGGGGGAAUCCAGGAAAAGGGGGAGGCGCUCUCCUCGGAGCCGGCGGAGGCAGCAGGGGAACGGCAGUCUGCCUGACACAGACAGACUGACGGACAGAGAACGCUUACUCACUGACCACAGCGCCACCUACAGGAAAUAUCCUGGUCUCAACAACGUGGCCUACAUGUCGGACCCAGACCUGCCUCCUGACCAGGGCAGCCCCUCCCCGAACGACGAGGUGUUUGACCACGGCCCUCCCCCGCCCCCCUACGUCCCCCCACAGCCCUCCAUCGAGGAGGCCCGGCAGCAGAUGCACUCCCUCUUGGAUGACGCCUUCGCCCUGGUGUCGCCUUCCUCCCAAGGCAGCGUCAGCAUUGGGGUAACGCAGGUCAGCCCCGCCCUGCCGAGUCCUUCCCCCUCCCCCCCGGCACGCCCGUCACGCCCGUGGGCCUCCUCCUCCUACCCUGCUGCCCCCGCACACAGCCCCUUCUCCGCGAGGUAUGCAGAGUUAGGGAUGUCUCCCUCAUCAGCGCAAGGCCUGUUGCAGAGGGAGGGCCUAGGUUCAGGGGCCUAUGUGUCUGCUGACGAGCAGCAGCAGGAGUCGGUCUACUCCACCAGGGGGCAGUAUGAGGAGCCACCCUCCUCCUCCAGACCUCGUCCAGUUGGAGGGAGUACAGGUGCUCAGCUGCACCACCUGACGCAGGUAGGCUUGUCGAGCCGGAUCGGAGCGUACCCUGGAGUGGGCCGCAGUGUCUCUGGACCAACAGGCUGCAGCUGGAACCAGCAGCCCCUAGACCAGGAUCUAUCCAGGCCAGGAGCCAGCAGAGAAAGUGUGCUGUCGUUCCCGGACUUCUCCUCCUCGGCUGUGUUCCAGAUGCCUAGCUCUUCUCUAGGAGACCAUUCUGUCCCCCCAAUGCUGCUGGCACCUCCCACUCCGGAGUUCCCCCUAGAUGACUCCUCCCCUUCAGCCCAAAGCUCCGCCUCCCUCAUCAAGGCCAUUAGGGAGGAGCUACGACAGCUCGCCCUGAAACAGGCUGCUGUGGCAGGCAGCUACACCUAGACCAGUGAGCCAAUACUCCAUAACUGGUCAGAACUACUAUACCUAAACCAGAUGAAACUAUUUCAAGCAGCUCAACAAGGGUGGACUGACCAGAACCAACCACCUGGUUUGAACUAGUCAGAACCACUGUCCCUAAACCAAUUGAAUGAAGCGUACAAUGCCAUUCGUAACAUGACUUGAACAAGACAAACAGUAUGUCAAAACCGGUCUGAAACAGAUACCAUUUCCUCACAACAAUAACAUCAUAGUUCUUUACAGGGUUCUGCUGCUCUGUAAAGGUUCCUCAUUCUAACAGUUUCCACUGGACAGGAGGAUCUUGUUUGGUUUCUUCAGAGUCCCGUAGAAGUGCUUCCGUGAGGGGGGCCAUCUCUGCCCCUCCUGACCUCCUGUAUGUGGUGCUAACCGUCAGCCUAAUGUCACCUGUCAUUAAGUUAACCACGCAUUGCCUUCAACACACAUUCAUUUAUCAGCCAUGUUGGUGAGGUCUUGUCCAUUCAUCAGCCAUGUUGGUGAGGUCUUCUCCAUUCAUCAGCCAUAUUGGUGAUGUCUUGCACUGUAGGAAGAGUUGGAGACUUGGAGUAUAAUACUAUGGCCAAUGGGGACUGAAUAUAUAGAUGAAAAACUUAUAUACAAUUAAAAAAAUAUUAUAUGUAGAGAUAUAAAAAUACAAAAUGAGCACAAUAUUAUUGUAUAAGGGUGACCAAUGGAAUAUUAUUGAAAUGUUAUUUAUUUUGUAUUACUCAAAAAGUAUACUUUAAAUCCAUUGUUCAAAAGAAAAAAGACCAAAAUACUGUUUUGGUGUUCUAUGGUUGUAUUCUCCCUGUGUUUGCACUUGCUGUUGCCGUGGAGCUGGUCAUGACGUUGUUAAUUGCCGUGGAGACGUCGCUUAGCGUAGCUGCUCAUGUGUUUAUGUUUCAAUGGUACAAAACAUAAGGAAAAAAGGAUUUUGCAUUGCAUAUAUAAUGCACUUUUCAGUAGGUCACCAACAGUUUGGCAUUACUCACCAUCUCCACCCCCAAUGUGACCUUCUUAGCUUCUGAUGCAGAAUUCUCACAGAACAAAGGCAUUUUGCGAGGUGAAGAUUAACCUUGUCCUCAGGCUAUUGGGCACAGCGCAACUGCCUGGGAACAAGAUUAGGUGAAGAUUGACUGUAAAAUUGUGACAGUGUUUCUCUUUGUUGGAAGAGCUGGGCAACCACUCACACAUAGCAAACACCGAAUAUAAUCACCCUGUUAAAUGUAAGAUUUAAAUAGGUAAUAUUGUGUACAAGGGUGUGGACAUUGACAGGCAUGUUGUUUUUUUAAAGAAGAUAUGCCUUUGUGAAUUUUGAUGAGGUGGUUUAUAGAGUAAAUUACAUCUUUGUGUUCAAUUUCUCUCAAAUCGUCUUUCUUCCUCAAUUUCGUCAGUCAACUGUUAUCCAAGUGGAUGUGAAGGUGAACCACUUGGAGGGGGGCUAAGGAAACAAGACCAUUUAGGACAAAUGUACACCCACCCUGUGCCCUGGUUAUUGGUGUGUUUGGGGUGGCUACUGAGUGCCCUUUGUUUCCAUCUGCUGGUGGUAUGGCUGCAUGGCUUGCUUUCAGCUCUGAUUCCUUUGUGGUCAUAUUGUCUUGGGUUUGGUCAGUGGUUAGUAAUGUGUGAGUUUGUGCAGGCGGGACAGAAUGUUAACCCAUCCAGCUCUGUACUAUAGCUAUCCACAGCAUGUUGAAUAAGUUUGAGGCUUUAGCUAGCUAGCUAUUAGUAAUGUGCCAGUUAUUAUUGUCUUCUCUCAGGCAUGCUGCUAAAAUAGGUUUUAAAAAAUGUUCUAACAAGUUAAAGAGUUGUAACACAAAAGAGUUGAUUAGUGUUAUACAGUGCCAUCCAAACCUGAUCCAUCACAGCCCAGAAAACAUGGUAAUAAUCAACCAGUAGAAGACGCACUAUGUAUGUGUCAUUCUGUUAUACUCUUGUUUUGCCUUUUCAAAUAAUAUUUUUGAAUCUUAAUGAAAGUGGAUAUAACGAUAGACACAGUAUAUAUAAUAAAAUGAAUAUUGUAAAAAGCAUAAAAUAUGUCAACAUAUUUUAUCUGUGAUUGUUAAUGGACAUAUGAACCUUCCAGAAGGACUAACACAUCUUCCCUGUGGACCGUUCCCUCUUUCAGAACUUUUCAUCUGCUUGGACUGAACCUUUCUGAUUGGACCUAGCACCUGUCAAUCAGGCUGUGGGACUGUGAACCGAAUGGAUUCACAGAGAUGUGUGUGUGGCUGAUGAUGAACUGAUUCAUGUGGUGCUAGAAACUUACAGUAACGGACCUGUGGCUCCCACUGUACUGGGGUUUGAGUGUGCCCACAUCUCUCACACCCACCCUGUACAGAUAUGGAGAGUUAACACACACACACAGUAGAAUUCAACACAGACAGACAUAGUGUGAGGUAACACACAGACAAGACAUUGUAGGAGUUAACACACAGACAGACAGACAGACAGUAAAAUUUAACACAGAGACACACUGCCAACCGUGUAAAACAGGGGAUUCUCUUUUCACUUUAAACUAGCUGCAGCUCUCCUGAAUGUUUCACAGAUCUGUGUUAUAGAUCUGCAUUUCAAGUUUUUGUGUUUUAUAAAUGUGAUCCUGUGUGUUUCUCCCGAGAGUGUCGGAGCAGUGGUGUUGCUGACUCUAGCGCCUGAGGUUAUGGCCCUUGAUGAUCCUGUCUCUGUCCUCAGGGAGUGAGUGGGGCAUGUGUUUCUGUUUACUCCUGAGACUAGGGCGGAGCCAUCUGUAGAUCAUACCGUAGGGCCAUGUUUGAUGGUGCAGACACUCGGGUGUGUCAUUAACAUGACCUGUCUGACAGGAACUUGUUUGACACUCCUCCCUCUUUCUUUCUCUGUCCAACCCCCUCUACUUUUCCUCUGCCCUCACCACUCUCUUCCCUUCCUUUUCUUUUUCUUCCUUUUCCUUCCCCGUCCCACUCUCUGGGAGCUGCGUCCCUGUGGUGGAUUGUCAGAAUGAUGUGUAAUUCAAACAUUAAACAAAUGA